AUGCAGCCAUGGCUGAUCGGUGUGGUGGUAACAUCUGUGGUCUUGAUGACGGUGCUCUUCGUGCUCAGCUUCGACAGCUUGGAGUAUCAGGAGUACGGCUUGAACUGCAACUACCUGAGUGAGAGUGUGGAGAAGGAGCCCUACAGCGCCGGCCGCUACUACCUGGGCAUCACCAACCGUUUUCUCAAGUUUCCCAGAACAGUGAAGUCCAUCGCCUUCAUCAAUGACUGGAACGAAGGCCAGCAGGGCCCUGCCCUGAUGAGCCGUACCCGCGAUGGGCUCACUGUGCAGCUGGAAGUGUCCUUCCAGUACCAGCUGAAGUUUGAUGAGCUCUACGACAUGUGGUCGAUACUUGGCUUGGACUACGAGAAGACCUUCGUCCGGAUGGCCAUUGAGCAGCUGACCACGGCCACCACGAACCACAACGCCCACUUCUUCUUCAGGAAUCGUACCUUUGUGAGCAUGGAGAUGCACAAGGUGCUGGACGAUCACUUUCAGAAGCACGGUUUCGCUGAGGUGCCUUUCUUCCAGCUCCGCACCGUGCAUUUGCCCAACGAAUUCGAGGACGCCAUCCGAGAGACCCAGGUCCAGGAGCAGCACAUCGCCAUCGCUCGCCUGGAGCAGCUCACGAAAAAGGUGAGUUAUGGGACGGAGGUGCUGAAAGCCAAGCAGGCAGUGCAGAAGUUGCAUAACGAGGCGGCCGGAGAGGCACAGGCCAUCGCCACGAAGAACAGCGCCUACUGCCAGCAGUACAAGCUGACACAGCAGCUGCAAGCGGAAGCGCUGAAGAACGUGGCAGCAUCUACUACCUGGGAGACCGGCGAGCUUCUGGACUACCUCAGCAUACGACGCUCCGGUUUCGCCGCGGCCGAGGAGCUGCGAGGGCGGGCGAAGCUUUCGGAGACCAUGCAAGGCCUGACGCUGGAGGGAUGGUGUGAGGAGGCGCUCUGGCGAUGGAAAAUGGCGCUUGGGCCAGAUGGACAGGUGAAGGAGCACAGUCGACCAUCCUCGGUGCUGUCUCUUUUGCUCUUGUUUGUCCUGUUGUGUGCGGCAGCUGCGGCCUUGGUCGACUAUCCGUUCCAAGAGGUGAUGCAGGACUGGUGGCCUACUCCGGAGCCGCCCAUCGAGACGGACGCCGAGUCGGCACCUCGCUCAGGCAUGCUGAUGCUGGUGCUUUGCAUUAUUACCACUGUGCAACUCGUAGCGCUUGUACUGGUGGUGAAUUGCUGCGGGGGCGGAGGCCGCUACAACGUCAAUGCAGUGCCGAAGGGCCGAAGGGGAUUCCUGGUGGUUGCAAGGCCGGCCUUCGCGCUUAAUUCGAUGGGCCUGCUUUGCGGCUCCCUGCGGCGAGACUGCCACAUCUUUGAUUUGUUCCUCUCCUAUGCCCUACCCCUCAUGCCGGUAUCGAGGCCUCUCAGUUUGCACAUAGGGCAAUGUGACCGCAGCAUGAAGUUGGAGGCCGCCUGGAGUUCCACUCGCCAGGAGCGAGUGGCCCGCCUCCAGCGUGAGUUGCUCUUCCUGGGGGAGGAGACGCCCUUGGAGAGGAUCCAGCUGAAGGCGCCGCGAAGCUGGCGCCAAGUGGAGCCAUUCUUGGAGCCGCAAAGCCCGGAGGACCGAGGUUUGGCCAUGCUCCCGGGCCGAGCCCGCAGCCUGGCCGGCCGCCUCGUCGAGGAGCUCCAGCGCGGCCGGCAGGCGGCCGCCAGCGAACUCCGCAACUGGGACCGCAGCGCGGAGGAGAGGCAACAGCUCGCGACAGGCGCCGUGCCGCUGUCGGUGCUGGUGGAUGGUCUCGAGCCGCAGGAGGUGGGCUGCCUGCUGCGCACCUGCGAGGCUGCAGGUGUUCAGGAGCUGGUCUUGUGCGGAGAAACCGCUGGGCCGCCGGACAAGAAGGUGCUGAAGACCAGUCUCAAGGCCGAGGAGUUUCUGCCGCAUCGCCGGGGCAGCGCUUUGGACCAGGAGCUUCAAAAGCUCCGUCAGGCUGGAGUUCAGACCUGGAUCUUGGACUUGGAGCAGGAGCCAGAUGUCUGGACUCGGCACCCGACCUUUCCAGAGUGCAGUGCCCUCCAGUCACCCGUAGCAUUGGCGCUGAGCGCCGUGACGCCGGCUAUGCCACUUUCCGUGCCCCGUAUCCGGGCCCCCGCGCGGCUCACCACAAUUGGCAGCGUCGGGUGCAGCCCCGCGGUGAUCGGAAGCGUCGUAAUUUAUAAACUUGCCUGGA